CGUUUAUCAGUGUGACAGAAUGGAGCUGUGGUCACUCUGUGUGAUGAUCUUGUUUAUUUCACUUAUCCAGGAUGGAAAAGCUCAAGAGAGUCCUAAAGCUGUGGUGACCAUAAAGCCUGACAAACAUGUGUUCAGAGGAGAGACUGUGAUUCUCAGGUGUGAAAUACAGGGAGGAGGAGACACUGAGUGGACAUACAGCUGGUAUAUAAAUGGUUACAAACUCUACAGAGAAUACAAUACACAGGAGUUCAGCCUCAGCUCAGUUAGAAAUGAAUACAGUGGUAACUUCACCUGCAGAGGGUGGAGAAGCAGUGACUAUCAGAGCUCAGAGAUCAGUGAUGCUGUUACUCUCACUGUAUUAGAUGUAGCAGAGGCAGUAGUGAGUGUGUCUCCAUCGAGCUGGCUGACUGAAGGAGAUUCAGUGACUCUAAGCUGUGAGGUUAAACACUCCUCUACAGGCUGGACAUUCAGCUGGUACACAGAUGUUCCCUACAGAGACAGUCAGGGUUUAAUCAGGUACAAUCGAGAACUCCUCUCAGACAGCAGCAGAGGAUCUGGAGGCUCCUACACUCUCAGUCCUGUUACUCUGAAUCACACAGGAGUUUAUGUGUGCAGAGCAGAGAGAGGAGUCUUUCACACAUGUUACAGCAAACUACAGCCACUGUGGAUCACUGGUGAAUCUCCUCCAGUGUCUCUGAUCAUCAGUCCGAGCAGAACUCAACACUUUACUGCUGACUCUCUCUCACUGAGCUGUGAGGACCAGAGUGACUCUACUGGAUGGACAGUGAGAAGAUACAGAUACAGUGAGGAAUUGUUCAAUUGUUCAUCAGUUUCAGGAUCUACAUGUAACAUCAGCUCCCUCUCUACAUCACACACUGGAGUUUACUGGUGUCAGUCUGAAUCUGGAGGACGCAGUAAUUCUGUCAACAUCACAGUGCACUGUCCAUUGCAAGCUUCAAGUUCAGUGCUCAGACUGAUCAGUAGUCUAGUGACGGUUUCUGUGUAUCUGCUGCUGACCAUCGUUGUGGCAGUGAAAUGUUUCAGAGCUCGAGUUCAGAUGGAUGAAGACAACACCCAGAAUGCUGUUAUAGAGGAGCGAACACAAAAAAAAUCAGAUUUUGUGAUUGUGAAAUAAUUUUGAUUUCUUACUUUUGAAAAUUUACUACCAGCUGUUUUUAUUUCUGAAGGUUACUCACCUCCUCUUGGGGUCAGGACUUAUAUUAAUGCAGUGUACAGUAGAAUGAACUAGAUAUUAAGACCACAUCAUUUUUUUUUUACUAAAUAACUUCAUGUCUACUGUCCAUAUAGUUUUAUAUUUCUUCAUAUAACUGGAUAAAAUAUUUUAUACAUUUAUUAUUACCAUUUUGUAAAGAUGUCAUUGACAUACAGUACAUCAUAUAUGUAUAUUGUUAAAUGUAUCAUGUGCUACAAAUGUUUGAGGGCCACUGACCAUCACACCCAUCUGUGCUUGCUGAACAUCCUGUUCCUUGUUAUAAUAAUGUUAAAAAAAAGUCUCCAUUCUUCUGAGAAGGCUUUCCACUAGAUUUUGAAGAAUGGCGGUGGGGAUUUGUGUUCAUUCAGCUACAAGAGCAUUAGUGAGGUCAGACACUGAUCACAGGUCAGGUGAGGAGGUUUAUUAUUAGUUUAUCAUUAUAUUCAUUCAUUCAUUGUCUCCCGCUUAUCUGGAGCCGGGUCACGGGGGCAGCAGUCUAAGCAGGGAUGCCCAGAUAUCCCUCUCCCUAGACACUUUCUCCAACUCUUCCGGGGGAAUUCCAAGACGUUCCCAGGUCAGAUGUUUAUCAUUAUAGUUUAUGAUUAAUCUAAAUGGUUCGGCCAAAAAACAAUCAACUAUUUAUAGUAUGUAUCUGGACUUUUUUUUAAGCAUGUGUUGGAAAGAAAACACACCCUGUCCUCCUCAAUAAAGUCACCCUCACACAUUUCUGUUAAUAGUCAAUAAUCAAUAGCUUUUUAUCAACAACAAUUAAUUAAUUAAUUAAUUAGCUAGUUAAAUUAAAUUAAAUAAAUCACUGAAAAUGUGUUGGAAAGUGACUCAGUGCUUCAGUCUUUGCAUUGAUCAGAAUGUUGUGAGUUUAAAUCGCAGCACCUUGAGCAAAACUCUUAACCCUCAACUGCUCUUCUGUAUCAUGUCUCAGAUGUAAGUUGUCAGCAAAUGUAAAAUGUAAAUGUUUGAUAUUUAAAAAAAAUGUAAUAUACAAAAACAUUUCCAAAAGCAAUACCAGAAGCUUAACUAUA